GUGUAUAUGCGCGUGCGCGGCCACCGACGCAGCAGCCCUGCCUAUUAUCGCCGCUGACGUCCGUCUGCCUCUUUCUCUUGUCACUGUGUUUUUCGGGAGGUGGAAGGGGGGGGGAUCCCGUUUUCUUUCUUCCUUCUUUUACAGAAAACAAAUGAUAUGUUUCCGACACGCAGCGGACAAAUCUUCGUGUUCCGCCGCUGCUCCUCCGACGCCGGCGACUUUACGUUCACCGCGACAGCUCUUUCAACCAAACCGAAUGAGAGGAGCUAAGGGCGGACUGGACUGAGAGGAAGAACCGGAGGCUGACUGGAAGGCUGUACAUCCGCCGCUUUCUUCAUAACACCCGCAGUUACCCAUUGAUUUAUCUCCCGCGGCCCCGUUACAUCUGUCGGUGUGUUGAAAUGUUACCUCAGACGGUUCCUGCUUCUGUUUCCGUGACAGUUUCUCCGCGGGAGUCACCGUUUUGACGUUUGUCAUCCAGAAGAAAAAUCAUAUUAGCUAGCUAACAGAGAAACAGAAACUCCCCCCUUUUUUUUCCUCAACUCGACCCGUGGUGGUCGCAGGAGCCCUCGGCUGUGUGUUUUCUCUUUUUAGUCCCUUUCAGUCACUUCAAUGGUCGCUUUCCUUUCUCCUCAGAAGACGUCGCAGCUCAAAGUCAAUCGGUGACCACCGGGAUUGUUUUGUUAACGUGUCCACCGAAAUGGUACGGUAAUGUCUGGAAAGUGAAAAGCCAAGUGGGGGGGUUCAGUCUGGGCUAUUGUUUUUUGUUUGUUUGUUUGUUUCUCUUGUUUUUUUCUCAAAUGAGGCCGGGCUGGUACAACAUCAGAAAAGACAUGAGGUGGAUGUAGCUAACCAGUUUUUUUUUUUUUUUACGCAUCAAUUUAAGCUGGAUCACUGUCUUGGGUGAUCUGUGCUGCCUUCACGGACUAUGACAAUGAAGAUUGUAUGAGAAGAGAGGCUGUUUUUUUUCCUUCUCCCUGAUACACAGAGCCUGGUGUGACUGACUGCCAGAAGGGGUUUAACCCAGUGUGUUCACACAAACCUACAGCCUGCUUAUUGUUUUUCUCCUGGACAGCGAAGCGCACUCAGGGACAAACAUGUCUUUACGCACGGCACUGCCUGGGAACGAGCGGAACCCGGACCAUCAUACCUCCCUGUCGGCCAGCCGCUCAGAUAAGGGUACCGGCUGGUCAAGCCGCUCGCUCGGAGCCCGAUGUCGUAACUCCAUCGCCUUGUGUUCAGACGAGCAUCCGCACAUCGGAAACUACCGGCUGCUCAAAACCAUCGGCAAAGGCAACUUUGCUAAGGUCAAACUGGCACGACACAUACUGACCGGCAGAGAGGUUGCAAUAAAGAUCAUCGAUAAAACACAACUCAACCCAACCAGCCUACAGAAGCUGUUUCGAGAGGUACGCAUCAUGAAAACUCUCAACCAUCCUAAUAUAGUGCAGUUGUUUGAGGUCAUCGAGACGGAGAAGACUCUUUACCUGAUAAUGGAGUACGCCAGCGGAGGCGAAGUGUUCGACUACCUCGUGGCUCACGGCAGAAUGAAGGAGAAAGAGGCCAGAGCCAAGUUCAGACAGAUUGUCUCAGCGGUGCACUACUGUCAUCAGAAGAACAUUGUUCAUAGAGACUUGAAGGCGGAGAACUUGCUACUAGAUGCCAACUCCAACAUCAAAAUAGCCGACUUUGGCUUCAGUAAUGAGUUCACUGCUGGCAGCAAACUAGACACGUUCUGCGGCUCCCCGCCCUACGCCGCCCCGGAGCUCUUCCAAGGGAAGAAGUACGAUGGUCCAGAGGUGGACAUCUGGAGCCUGGGUGUCAUCCUGUAUACGCUGGUCAGCGGGUCCCUGCCCUUUGAUGGACAGAACCUAAAGGAGCUGCGGGAGCGCGUCUUGAGAGGGAAAUAUCGUGUUCCCUUCUACAUGUCUACAGACUGCGAGGGAAUCCUUCGCCGCUUCCUGGUCCUCAACCCCGCCAAGCGCUGCUCGCUGGAGCAAAUAAUGAAAGAUAAGUGGUUGAAUGUCAGCUACGAGGGAGAAGAGCUGAAGCCCCACACAGAACCUGUGGAGGACUUCAAUGACACCAGCCGCAUUGAUGUGAUGGUCGGGAUGGGCUUCACCAGAGAAGAGAUCAGAGAUUCUCUGGUCAGUCAAAAGUAUAAUGAGGUCACCGCCACAUACCUGCUGCUGGGACGCAAGAAUGAGGCGGAGAGCACUGAGUCUCGUACGGGCAGCAGUCUGAGUCUAGCUCGAGUCCGGCCCAGCGCCAUCACCAAUGGAACCAGCAAACACUCCACUUCCUCUUCCUCCUCUGGUGCACCUUCUUCCUCUUCUGGCCACAAGGCACAGCGCAGUGCCUCCACUUACCACCGCCAGAGACGGCACUCUGACUUCUAUGAGAACUCCUCUGUUUCAGGUGGUCCGGCAGUUCCAGGGUCGACAAAUCCCAAACGCAGUCCCAGCGGCGUAGGCGAAGGAGCGGGGCCUAAGGAGGAGCGGCUGUCAAUCCGCAAGCCGAGCACCAACGCCGUCGGCUCCCGUAGCAUCCCAGCCCCCUCCAGUCCCAUGGUUAGCUCCGCUCACAACCCAAAUAAGUCCGAGAUACCCGACCGGCGCAAGGAGGUUAACACAACCAUGAAUAACAUCCCUGCUAGUGCCAUGACUCGAAGAAAUACAUACGUGUGUACCGACCGAUCCAACACUGAUAGACACUCACUGCUGCAAAACGGCAAGGAAAACAGUACCGCAUCCCACCGCCUUCCCCCCGCCUCCCCUUCUACCCACAGCAUCGCUGGGGCGUCCGGUGUCUCCUCCACGUCCUCGACGCCCUCCUCCCGUCUCUCGAGGGGGUCCACGGUGAGGAGCACUUUCCACGGAGGGCAGAUCAGAGACCGCCGGCCUCCCUCCCAUGCUCCCCCGGCUUCCCCCACGCCGUCCCACGAUGCCAGCCCACUGCCGCAUGCCAGGACCAGGGCCACAACCAACCUGUUGAGCAAACUCACCUCCAAGUUGACCCGCAGGGUCACAGACGAACCUGAGAGAAUCAGCAGAUCUCCGGUCACAAGUCGCCAUCUAUCUGGGCAUCAGAAAGCGGCCGAGCCCCGGACCCCCCGAUGCGGCUGGGAUGUGAGGGUGCGGAGCCCUCGCGACCCGGCCGAGGUGGUGCUAGCACUGCGUGAAGCGGCACAGGGCUGCGGCUGCCAGGUCCACCUUGCCGGGCCUUUCCUCCUGUCCUGCACCCACGGAGCAGCCGGCGCCCGCGUUGCCUUCGAGGCUGAGGUCUGCCAGCUGCCCAGCGGGCUGGGCCAAAGCAGUGGUGUGAGGUUCAAGCGCCUGUGGGGGGCACCGUUAGCCUUUAGAGACAUCGCCACCAAAGUGUCCAAGGAGCUAGAGCUCUGAGGGCGACAGGAGGCGGGGCAGACUGUGGACGGACAGGACAGGCUGAUGAAUGAGGAGGGAUGAGGAGGAGGAACAGUGAGGCAGAGACCGUCACCCUCCUCCUCAUCUUCCCUUGGCCCCACCUAAUCUGAUGCGGCUAGCGAUGCCUCGCCUCCGCCAAAGACCCUCAUCUUCUGAUGCCACCAAUCACAGCCAGACAAAAUGGAUGCACAGACACGGAUAGACCACCAUCUGCAGAUUUAUGAUGACCCUUGACCUUGGAACUGUCAGUGACCUACGAACUGCUUAAAACACGCCACCACCUCCAUAUUCUGCGAGCCCAUGGAGUCAAACUGUUAGUAUUUUUUUUUUUUUUCAUGAUGAUAAGGAUGGUGUUGCUGAGAAUGGUCGCGAUUGAUAAUUUGUCGUUGUCGUCAUUGUUAUUCCUAUUGUAUCAUAUUUGUCAUCAUUCCUUUUUAAAGAGCUGCUAUUUAAAGAAAUGUUUUAAAUUUUUUUGUGUAUUAAGUUUAUUCUCUUUUCUUUAAUGCUUUUAAAAUGGGCAGAAGUUUGACAUCUGUUGUCAUUCUCUGAAGCGGACGUCACAUAUUUAAGAAACGAGGGCGCAGUCUGACCUCCGGCCUCUAGAGGGAGACAUGCAGAAAUGCAGAGACUUGUAUCAGACUGAUUGAAGCAUCACGGCCUUUCUGCCCAUUCACGGACAAAGCCCAUUUUACUGCUCAGUUGGGAUUCUGAUGUGUGUUUGCAGCAUUUCUGGUAAAAAAAAAAAAAAAAAAAAAAAACAACGUUGGCUCCUCUGCCUGCUAUCCUCUAGUUCUCUACAGUGUAUCGAUAGCUGGCAGGUGAGCCGCUUCCACACAAGCAGAGCUGCCUGAAUAUGUUGGACCCAAGCUGAUCUGUUGUACUUGAUGACCUGAUCAUUUUUUAAUUUAUCCUCUUUUUUUUCAAAUGCUCAACUUUGCCCUCAAAUGUUUUGUCCCUUGCUACCGUUAUUAACAUGCCAAAGUCCUUUUCAGAUUGAAGACUUUACUGGUUUUAAAAUGUCAAAGUAGAAUUUAUUCCUCCAACUGGAGUCAUGAUAUGUUUUCACUCACCUAUUUCACUACAGGAUGUCUCAGCUGGCUCUAGAUUUAUGUUAACACAGUUUCUGAUCUGGAGUUGGAUGUAUAAUUGACAUGAUUUUUAUGUGAAAUGCCUCCACGCAGCAGGUUUAUUUUAUUGAAAUUAGAAAAGCAAGUUUUGUCAGCCAAUCAGGAUCCAGUAUUGACACCAAUGCACCAUUUAAAUAACAUAAGUUCAAGUAAAUAAAGUCAAUUUAACAUUUAACUUCACUAAGAUUUAAACAUAAAAGGAAAACUUAAUUUUUUCCAGCACAUAUCUUAUGUUUUCACUGAGUGCCCAGACAAUUAUUAAGAUUAGAUAUGUGCCACAAAUGGUUAAAAAUCUCUUUUUCUGGCCAAAUGGAUCAGCUUUUUAGUUUUUAUCUGAGGAAAUUUAACAAGGUAUGACACAAAGAAUACAGAUGUUCACUUUUCCCACCAGGCCAGUGCAGAAAGACCGGCUGUAGACGCCCAGUAAAGGCUUAAUAUGUAUUUCUUCAAGUUUUUUUCAUUAUAAUUUACUCUCUUCUUCAUCAUUUCCCCACAUACAUGAUGACCGGUUUAGAGUAAAUUAAAGAAUGGGAGUUUUUUACUGAUAUACAGUAGUUAUUCUGGUAGCACUUUGGCAUCACCUGUCAGAAGGCCAUCUCUUUCCUUAAGUGUAGUGCAAUACAGCCACAAAGCCAAGAAUCAAGACUUGAAUAAUAGGGCUCUUUGUUUGAUCUUUUUUUUAUAUAUAGAUAUAUAUAUCUAUAUCUAUAUAUAUAUAUAUUGCUGAUUUGUUGUUAAAAUUCGUUGAGCACUUUUAUGCUUUCUAGCCAGGAUUUCGUUGCACCGCACUGGCAGAGUUUUUAAUUAAUCUGUAUUUUUCUUUUUGGUAAAUUUUGUAAAACAUCAUAUUGUCUCAUAUGUUUUAAAGCCCAGUGAAGUGAAUAAUUGACAUUCUGAAUGUCUGUCCUUCCUUUUUACCGUCAUGUACCGACCUACAAUGGCUUCUCGGCAUCAUUCACUUUUUAAACCGCAGUGAAACUAGCGAGUGAUGUUACAGAUGAAACCUCAGUUUUCCAGAUAGAUGUGCCACAUGGUUUCAGCGAUGCCACAACGUCAUAUUAGGGAAACUGAGGUACAAACGGUUCAUUUUCUACCAAAUAUCUGACAAACUACAAUUCAAAAUGGCAAUCUGUCUCCAUAACGUUCUGUCAUAUUUAAUAUUACAUUUUGUGUUCUUAACCUCAGCGACGCUUGUGAUGUAUAGAAACUGUAGACUUUCCCCCCCACCCCUCCUCUGUUGACCAAUAAGGUUGCAGCACUGCUGAGAGGUGUACGACUGUUUUGACCAAUCAGAUUCCAUUAUUGCUGUAAAGAGGUGUAUGACUGUUAACCAAUCAAGACUCCCGCCUCGUCGAGCCACUGUAUAAUUUCAAAGCAUGCAAUGUGCGCAGUGAUGAGGCGGGGGGUUUAAGAUGAGAAUGUGACCUUAAAUUUUGUUUGCAUAAUAAUAAUACAUUUUAAAAAACACUUCUGCUCAUUAUAGAACACAGCUACAAAACAAAGAUUUGACAAAAAAAAAAAAAAAAUCAUACAGUCCAAGUGCUACAUUGAUCAUAUAUUGCUGCAUUAACACUGACUGCUCCAAAAUCAAAAAAAGUCAUUGUACUUAUAUUGUAACUCUCUAUAAAACCACACAAUUAUAACUUGUACUUUUUUUGAAGUAUUCAGCAUCUAACAAAACACUGAUUAUGGAAAAGAGAAAAUGUUAAUGUUACAGCAGACUUUGUGAUCUUUUGACGACUCUUGAGGGUUACAGGAAUCAGUUUCAUGGGAGAUUUCAGCCACAGCAGGUGGCCACCACUGUCUGAAAAAUGUGAAGCUGUGAUUUAGGGCUAGUUUUUGCAGACCUUUUUUUUUUGUAUACAACUGGGACUCACCCUUACGAAUCUGUUCUCUAGAUACUGUUAGAGCCACGCUUUAAGGCUACAGUUCUGUUGUAUAGUGUGUUUGAAGCUGUCGCUGUUAUCAACAAAAACUUAACUUAUGGGCUUAACUUAUGGACGGAAAUGAUCGACCUGCAAUCCUGCAUGUCUCCUAGGAAAUAAUGUGUGACACAAAAAUAAAGACUUUCAACCUCUUUUA